CAGUCAAGCUGAUAACGAUGCAUUUUGUAUUGAGUCAUUUCCGAUGAGUUUAUUAAUUGUUCUACUUAUCAACUAACCUCAUUUGUUUACAUUGUUAUAACUAUAAGUUUGUUGUUUUGGAACGGCUGUGGAGCCGGCCUGUCAUUGUCAAACGUCAUGUAUGUUUAAAUACAAUCAGUGAUAAACAAUAGACUUUAGUGAUUAAAUAAUACAUAUUUUGUCUAGUUUUGUUUAGUUUACGCAUAAAAACACGAUAAUAAACAAAUUUAUAAUAAAGUGCAAACUUCAGACAUUUAAAAAACUAAGUGCCUAUUAUAAGAACGUCUAAAAUGAGUGCCAUAUCUUCAGAUUCACGAGACGGUGCCCGUUCCAGAUCUCCCAGCCGCCCUAGGCCUGCUGCACGCCAGUAUAAGGAAGAAAUUAUAGUCUGCAAUCCACUGAAAUCAUUAAGUGAUGUUUCAGAGUUUUUAAAUAACCCCCCAGUAUGGAGAUCGCUCUGUAUAGAUCUACGACCACAUAGUGAUUUUGUUGUUCGGAAUUUGGAUAUUGUACGACAAAAUCACGGUUCAGACCAUGAGGUAGAGUUGGAGCGACCAGAAGCGUUCUGCCACUUUGACCUGGACAAGCAAGAUGUUAAGAGACAUAGAAGGAAAAACUUGCCUAAAACUUUGGUGUGUCAUGACAUGGCCAAUGGAUACCACGAUGAUUGCAAUAUUGAUGGUACUGGCAACUAUGACGCGUACACAUUUUACAACUGGGCGGCGGUGGACAUAUUCUGCUACUUCAGCCACCAUUUCGUCACGGUGCCGCCCCUGGGCUGGAUCAACGUUGGCCAUGCUCAUGGCGUCAAAGUUAUUGGCACGGUUAUAACGGAGUGGGGCGACGGCGCCGACAUCUGGGAGGAGCUGCUGUCGGAGCCCGAGGCGUGGAAGGGCUUCGCCAGCAACCUGGUGGCCAUCGCCAAGACGCUGAAGUUCGAUGGGUACCUGCUCAAUGUGGAAAACAAGAUAACGAAGCCAGCAGAGCUGGUAGAGUUUGUGCGCUACCUGCAUAUGUUACUGCACAGUGAAAUACCGGACUCUGUUCUGAUCUGGUACGACUCGGUCACUGUAGCUGGAGAACUGGCCUGGCAGAACACCCUCAAUGACAAGAACAAAGCAUUCUUCGAAGCUUGCGACGGCAUAUUCACCAACUACUCGUGGAGCGAGCGCCACGUGCUCGCCGCGCGGGCGGCGGCCGGCCAGCGCCGCGCGGACGUGUUCGUGGGGCUCGACGUGUGGGGGCGGAACUUCCUGGGCGGGGGGCAGUUCAACACGCAGGAGGCAGUAAAGAUAGCCCACAAACACGGUCUGUCCCUCGCCAUCUUCGCCCCCGGCUGGACGCACGAGGCCCUGCCCCCCGCGGCCGGCUGGUUCCGCACGUACACUUUAAGGGAGCGGGCGCUCUGGACCAGCCUGUGGCCUUUCCUGAACACCAAGCUGCCUCAAACACUGCCUUUUAGCACGUCCUUCUGCACUGGGUUGGGAAGGAAGAGGAGGCUGUAUGGAGAGGUCCUAGCCCCAGCCCCAUGGUACAACCUCCGGCACCAGCAGUACCAGCCCAGCGCGGCCCUGGGCCCCCACGGCUACACGCUCGCCCCCCUCCCUCCCCCACCACCACCAACACCACAACCCCCUACAACCGACGACCCUAAACCUACCCCAAAACGAUACCAACUCCAAAGCGUAGAAGAAGAAUCUUGUAUCGAAUUAUUUCUAGAAGACAGUUUCACAGGCGGCGGCUGUCUCAUAAUAAACCCAUUUAAACUUAUUCGUUUAUUUCACUGUGAUUUUCACAUUGAAGAUACUUUAAUAGCUUGUGUUGUUACUAAAACUUUGCCAGAUUCUGAAGAUGUAUUUCUAAAUAUAGUUUUGACGGUGAAAGAUCAGAAUUGGAGUGAAUCUAGAGUGGUUCUGGCAGGGACGAGAAAUUUGACAGAUCAUGGAAUUGGUGCCUUGACGGUGUCGGCUGCGAGCGGGGGGGAGUUUAAGGGGUUGCAGAGGUACUUGCUGCUGCACCAGCCCGGGUUCUACGUGUCCGUGGAGAAUGCUUAUGGAUGGAAAGUCAGGUACUACAGCAUCCCCCUGGCGGGGCGCCGCGUCACGUCCGUGAGCUGCUGCGGCGGCGCGCCCGGACCGCUCCUGCUGGGACACUUCGCGCUGUGCCACGUGAGUACCGCACACGGAACAAGCCAUAUAUUGUGUAAUCACUGAAUUGACAAAAACCGUUACCUUUAACCCUUUUCCAGGACGCACUAAUCAAAAUACCAACAAACACAAAAUAGCACCGCAAAAUACAAGGAUUUCACAAAAAAAAAACAAAUAUAUUCCAAUUAAUCCAGCUUUGACGAUUCAUUUGAAGGCAAGUCACAUUUUCCGAAAGUGCAGUCUAAUUUGAACCUUAAAUCUGAAAGCUAAAGUUGAAAUUGUAAUGGCGCGUAUGUGGUCGAUAAAUCGUACUAUGCCUGAAAAAGGGUUAAAUAUAAUACACAUUUGGACAUACCCGGGUCCUUAAACUACGUCCAAAAGAGAGGUAUGGGCAUUGUGAAUAUCAUCUCGCCUUGUGUGGUAGGGCACAGCACAGCGGAUGUCAUUCCAGAUCUAGAGCAGAGCCCAACUGGGGAAGUACCUCCACCUUACAGAAAACCGCAGCCAAAUAACACUUGACCCUACUCAUAGUGUUGUGUUCCUGCCGGUGAGUAAGGUUGCCAGAGCUCAAUGAGGGGGGGGGGGGUUUAGGGUCAGCAACGCGCAUGUAACUCCUCUGGAGUUGCAGGUGUACAUAGGCUACGGAGACUGCUUACCAUCAGGCAGGCCGUAUGCUUGUUUGCCACCGACGUAGUAUUAAAAAAAAAACAC